AUGUGGCAAGAGAACAACGCAGCGUACGGCGCGUCCUCCUCGCAGUAUUACCCCCAGCAGCCCGUCGCGCCUCAGCCUGGGGUACCACUCCAGUUCUACGCCCCUAGUCCGGUCGGGAGUACAUUCUAUUCUGGUUCGCGCUCGAGCUUGGACGGGCAUGUAGGAGCACAAGGGUCAAUACAACAGGGUGGCGGGGCGUACUCUGGGAACAUCCAACCCACUGGAGGAUGGUGGACAGCGUUCGGGACCGGAGGGUUUGAGGGUGAACCACCACUGCUAGAAGAGCUCGGGAUCAACUUCUCGCAUAUACGCGCUAAAUCGCUCGCGGUGCUGAAUCCUCUACGGCAAGUGGACGAGCACAUCAUGGACGACGCAGAUCUUGCAGGACCCCUCUUAUUCGUUUUCUGUUUCGGCACCUUCUUGCUAUUUUCCGGAAAGCCUCAAUUCGGAUACAUCUACGGCGUCGGCGUGCUUGGUUCACUAUCCAUUUACACCCUCCUCAACCUUAUGUCCGAAAAGGGCAUCGAUGCCUACCGUGUCGUCUCUGUUCUCGGUUACUGUCUUCUACCAAUGGUUGCCGUUGGUGCCCUCAGCGUUGUCGUUACCCUCGAUGGGACUGUAGGCUAUUUGCUGUCAACGCUAUCCAUUCUGUGGUGCACAUACGCUGCCUCAGGCAUAUUCACCGCCGUUUUGCGCAUGUCAGAUCAACGGUUCCUUCUUGCUUACCCCAUUGGCUUGCUCUACGGAUGUUUCGCCCUUCUCAGUGUAUUCAAUGUUGGCGUUGGCAACGGGUCAGCCAAGUAA